AAUGGCUGAUUGCUGAUUCAGUCCCUGUUUUCAGCUGUGGUGUCACCUGAGUACUGAGAUAAAUCAACUAUUUUCAGUGUUGUACCACAUAAACACACACCAGGUACAGUUGAAACAGGAGUACUGCACAUGGUAAGACUUUUCCCUUUCCAGCUUGAAGAUGAGUGUUAACAGAAUGAUAAUGAGCUAUUCUUAGCUAAUUGUGUUAUAAGGAAUCAGAAUGCUUUCCAGCUACAGCAGUGGAUCUACAGAUCCUUCCAAUCUUACUCAUCUAGUGUGAGGGAUUUUUUUCUUGAGGGGAGGAAACAACCCUGUUGUCAUGAGGCAAGUUUACGAGUGGGAAAGGAUCCAGAGAUGUUAGAAAUUCUGUCCUAAUUUAUCCAGGCUUUUGUGCUGUCACUGUGAUAAGCACAAACUGGAGAAAAAAGUUUCCAAAAAUGGCUUGACACGUGUAGAUAUUCUGUGAACUCCAUUCCAGGAGCUGAUAUAAAUGUAAUGGAAGGUGAGAUCAUGUCAUUUACAAAGAGGCUUUUACAAAUCAUCACCAUUUCCUGCAUUAUUGUUUUGCAGCCAAAAUUGUGAGGUAAUAUGUGUGACGAUGAUGAAACCACUGCCCUUGUAUGUGACAAUGGUUCUGGGCUUUGCAAAGCUGGGUUUGCGGGAGAUGAUGCUCCAAGAGCUGUAUUUCCAUCCAUCGUUGGACGUCCUCGACAUCAGGGUGUUAUGGUUGGAAUGGGUCAAAAAGACAGCUAUGUAGGGGAUGAAGCACAAAGUAAAAGAGGGAUCCUGACGCUGAAGUAUCCCAUUGAGCAUGGAAUCAUCACUAACUGGGAUGACAUGGAAAAGAUUUGGCAUCAUUCUUUCUACAACGAACUCCGGGUUGCGCCAGAGGAACACCCUGUCCUGCUGACUGAGGCCCCUUUGAAUCCCAAGGCCAACCGUGAAAAAAUGACUCAGAUUAUGUUUGAGACGUUCAAUGUGCCAGCGAUGUAUGUGGCAAUUCAGGCAGUGCUGUCUCUGUAUGCAUCUGGAAGAACGACAGGAAUAGUUUUGGAUUCCGGGGAUGGUGUCACACACAAUGUGCCUAUCUAUGAGGGCUAUGCCUUGCCCCAUGCCAUUAUGAGACUUGAUCUGGCAGGCAGAGACCUGACUGACUAUCUCAUGAAAAUCCUUACAGAGAGAGGCUACUCUUUUGUCACCACGGCCGAACGAGAGAUUGUGAGAGACAUCAAGGAGAAGCUUUGUUACGUGGCUUUGGAUUUUGAAAACGAAAUGGCAACUGCUGCUUCCUCCUCCUCUCUUGAAAAGAGCUAUGAGCUUCCUGAUGGACAAGUCAUCACCAUUGGAAAUGAACGGUUCCGAUGCCCAGAAACUCUCUUCCAGCCAUCCUUCAUAGGGAUGGAGUCUGCAGGUAUCCACGAAACCACUUACAACAGUAUUAUGAAAUGUGAUAUCGACAUCCGUAAGGAUCUCUAUGCUAACAACGUCCUCUCCGGAGGAACCACAAUGUAUCCUGGGAUUGGCGAUCGCAUGCAGAAAGAGAUUACAGCUUUGGCUCCAAGUACUAUGAAGAUUAAGAUGAUUGCACCACCAGAACGUAAAUACUCUGUCUGGAUUGGGGGUUCAAUAUUGGCAUCUCUGUCCACUUUUCAGCAAAUGUGGAUCAGUAAAGAUGAAUAUGAGGAAGCUGGCCCCUCCAUUGUCCAUCGCAAGUGCUUUUGAAUACCUCCAUCGUGUACUGUCAGUGAUAAGUUGUGAUGUUUUCUCUACACAUCACCUGCCCUCAUUCACCUCUGAUAGUGGUUUGGUUUUCUUCCACAUGUUAAAAAAGCACACUGGAUGGAUGUCAUAUGAAUUAGCAAAUUACUUCUAAUUUUUGAUUCUAAAAUAAGACUAACAUUUCCAAGAUUAAGAGCAGUAGUUGUACUAUACAUUUUUAUAGACGCCCCCUUGCCCUGUGUUUGUGAGCGUUGUGCUGCCGCCCGGGAGGUGUGAGACCCAGUGCUGCUCUGUGUUAGUCUCUGCUCAUCGGUGGUAUGCCUGGAGAAUGCACAUAAGUGAUUCUUUCAAACUCAAACAUAAUGCAAGAUUUAAAUACCAGAGAGGGCUUCUUUUAUGCAGUUAAGUGGUACACAGGGUUCUUCUAAGGGGGGUUUAUUUUACUGAGGAUAAACAGAUUUGUGUGCACACAGGCACCAGCCCUUUCCGCAGAGCCGCUAUGGAUGACUUUCCUUGGCAUCCCACAACUGUUUGUCUCCCUGUGACCACCACUCCCUAUCAGUAAGGAGCUUCAUCAAGCUACAGUGCUUCUGAACUUAAAUGGUAUUGGAUGUAUUACUGCUUUCUUCAUCUCUCUUCUUAAGCAGUUAACUGAUGUUUCAUUUGCUUUUGCUAUAUAUGUGCUAUGCUAAGCUAAUGAUUACAGAGUAAAUAAUCACCUUUUGAAUAUGUCACUGGAAUACUCUGGGUUUAAUGGAUCAAUAAAAUUGUAAUUACCCAUGUA